GUGAUUAAGUGUUGCCAUGCCAACAUACGUCCCUGUAAGUUCUCCUGCCUGGUGUCCUCCUGAACCUUCACAGUGAGCCAACACCAUUAUUCUGAUAUUAUUAUGAUAUUAAUCUGCUGUGGUUCCAGACGUAUGGAUGAGAACAGGGUGAGCUCAGUGUCCCAGUGGCUGAAUUCAGAAAUUUUCAUAGCGUUUGUUGUAGUGCUGCUCCUCCUCAUUGUUGCCUUGUGCGCUGUCUGCUGGAUCCUGAGAUGCCGUCGGACACCCACAACAACAGAGAGAAUGGCAGAGAUAGAGAUCAUUCCUGCUGAUGGUUCAGACAGAAAAAGCCCACCCAGGUUCAUUCUAAAGAUCGUGACAGAGGAGAAACACGCCUCUGAGCUCGUUCAGAUGUUAAUCGAGCACAGACGUGUAGCUAAAGAUACUGCAUGCUCAACUGACCCACUGACCCCUGAGGUUGCCUCUACCUCUAGAGAUGAACCACAGUCACCCCCUCCCUCUACCUCUCACCCAGUCGCAGAAAAGACAUACCUGACUGUUGAGGUGCACGCCUCGAUGGACUGUCCAACCACAGAUCAUUUGAAGGCCGGUGUAACAGCACCCACUGAAUCAUUCAGCUCUGAGUCUGUCAUCACUGCUGAUGAUAAAGAAGAGGAAGAAGAAAAAGAAGAAGAAGAACAACAAGUGAAUAAUGUGCCUGAUAAUGGUCACAUUGAUGAAAAACCAUCUCAUUACUCCAAGUGCCAGGUCAUAUAACACAUCCUGUAGGCACACAACAAACAAAAUUGAGUGAUUCUAUUAUCUAUGUAUGCAAUUAAAAUCUUUAAAGAUGCAGUUUAAAUUGA